AUCUAAUUAUAUCUUUUAAAACAUUUUAUAUUAAAAGAUCGUUUUAGUGUACAAAGUUCAUUCAUGAGUUCGUCCUGCAUGCAUUUUAUGAAUCACAAACACCUAUCACAGAUUAACAGCUGAUCCGUGUCAGAUUAGGAUAGGUCACGCAUUAAGUUAGGGUUAGGAUGGUGGACCAACAGAUGCUUUGUUUAUAUCACCUGUUGAUUCAACACGACUGUGAAUGGCAUGCUUAUAAGCUACCAUAUGCUACACCAUACUUGAUAAAUUUUUCAAUACUUUUCAUUGAAUGAAACAACAAUAAAACUUACAUCAUCAUAGAUUGAUCGGCGCGGUUGCGGAUUUAUAAUAAUUAUUAUAUAAGUUUUUGAAUAUGUUUUGACGUUAGAAUGCCAAUCUACAAAAUAAUAUUGUCGAUGAUUCUGUGACGACUUCAUUCUAUUUUUAUAGUCGACAUGUGUGCGCAGAAUGCAUACUGCAGCCUUGGAAUAAACAAACUUUGCAAACAAUAUGGAAAGUAAAAAAGUAAGACUCAAAGCAGUUUAAGGUAUAUACAUCUGCAAAAAAGAUCUUAAUGAGAUAAGUGAGUUCAAUGAAGGUCAAAUGUAAUGACUAGAGGCACGAGUAGAUUCUACUGUAGGCGUGUAUGUAGAAGACAGAAAAAUUACUGGAACCGACCAACCUUCUCAGAAGCCUUCAUUUAUUACACAAUAAUGAGUCACAUAGCUUACAUUUCGUUCACAUAGAAUGAUUAAGACUUUUACACCUUCCACUUCGGGACGUAUUAGGUAAAUCCCCACACUAUCAAGCACGUCACCAUUCUGUAUUUGGCUAAAUCCCCUCCAAUGAAAUAACGGGCUGAAUCCCACUUCUAAAACUGUAAGCGUAUAGGUAGGAGACAGAAAAAUUAAUGACACCAACCGGACUCGAACUCAGGAUCAUUCGUUUGCUACUCGCGGCAGUUAUGUUUGUAUGACCGCGACGCUUCCUCUUAGAUAGCUAUUUAUAUUCCCAAUCUCCUAGUAUCUAAUUAACUCCCUACUCCUUAUCUCUUUUUAUUAGCUAUAUUACUUAAUAAUUGACAGUCUAGCUUAAUCUCAGAACUGAAAGAUUAUGUAUUUAUCGAAUUUUUUAUUGUGACGACAAAAUGCGUUUCCGAUUCUUAAAACAGAGAUCUGUGUUUUUGAUCGGCACGGGAAUCGGCUUUAUUCUUCCUUUAUUGUUUGCUUUAUUAAGGAAUAUAUUAGUGACUGAAUUGAUUAUCGACCGUGAUCUAUCACUGUGGCAACCUGAAUAUUACCUGAAUAAAAAACUUCAUCACGAAGAGAUCGUUUUACAGCUUUGGAAGAAAGUGAAUAAGACUUUGGACCACGUUAAUAAUAUCACAUACCAUGCUUGGUUGGCGGCACAGAACUUGAAAUUACACAAAAUUGAUUUAGACGAAUAUUUGUACGGUCCACAAAAAGGAGAUAACGCGAAAGAAAUUGAAAGCAUAGAAUGGAAUUGGUUAAGGAAAAAAGCGUCUGUUACAUGCAUAGUUUUCGUGGAAAAGCUUAAACUAGGAAAAUCAAUCAAAGCUACUUGGGGCAGACGCUGUGAUAAUAUAUAUUUCUUUGGACACCGUUUGAAAGAUGCAAAUUUGCCUAUUAUAAAUAUAAAUAUAAAAAUCGUGUCUUCUUGGCAAUUGUUGUGCGAAGCUAUGAAUUAUAUAUGGAAUGAUAAAACAGCAGAUAAAUUACAAUGGAUUUUAUUCGUGAAAGAUGAUACUAUGGUCAUCCCAGAGAAUCUACGCUAUAUGGUCGCUCCAUUGGAUCAUAGACAUGAUUUUUAUUUGGGUCAUCCUGUAGUUUUAUGGGGUCAGACUUACAAUGUUGCUCAAUCCGGGUAUGUUCUUAGUAAAGGGGCACUAGGUAAAAUAGUGCAAAUGUUUAAUACCACAGAAAAAUGUAUUAAGGGCGGAAAAUAUUGGAAAAAAGAAGAUUAUUAUCUCGGAAAGCAUCUAUCAUUCUUAGGCAUACGACCGUCUGAUACCAGAGAUCAAUACUUAAGAGGUACUUUUCACGGUUAUUCUUUACAAAAUCUUCUAUGGGGUAUCGCAAAACCGGAUAGUUAUUUUACACGCGCCGUGUAUCCGAUAAAAGGAGAAUGCUGUUCGCCAAUAUCUGUGACUUUUAGCGCUAGUGAGUCGGACAAAAUGCAUACGCUGAAUUAUCUGUUAUAUCAACUACAUGUAUUAAACAGCGAGAGUCGAUUUGGGAAUAUUCGUGCUAAAGUUUCAGUACGCGACGAGGAUGUUUGGAAGAUUGCACUGCAAGAAGAAUUUAACAUCACACAUUUGAGUGAUAUAUCUAGCGAUGUUUAUUACGAAAUAUGGCACUCGAGGUACUCCGAACCAGAACAAUUGAAAGUUACUAAGAAUUAUCGAAUGACGCCAGAUGCCCUAAAUUGUUUACUGGCAAAUUACAAAGCGGGAAAUAGCUCUACGCUCAAUUGUAAGACUAAAAAUAUCAUUGAUGAUACGAAAAACUGAAUGAGUUAGUUUAAGAUUUAUUAAGUUUAUUUAUUAGAAUGUUAAUUUUAACAGUUUGCUAUAAGUAUUAAGAUGGAGAAUUUUUUAUUGUACAAAAAUAAAAAAAUAGUGUAUAUA